CUCAUGAAUUGGUUGGAGUAAUUACUUGAUACUAAGAUUUUAAUUGGUAUUGGAGUUGGCGUUCUAACAGCUUCUUUAAGCCUAAUCCCUACAUUAAAGGAACAAACUCAAGAAAAUGUAUUAAACUCAAAAAUGAAAUUAUCAACUAAAUCAUUACCAUCAACACAGGAUCUCAAACAAGUAUAUAUAAAAAAAAAUGAAAAACAAUAAUGUCAGACUAAUUCCACCUAAAAUAAUGGAAAAAUUAAGAAUUAGAACUCUACUAAGGCAGAGGCCAAUUAAUAAGAUUGUUAUUAAAACUUAGAUGAUAGUAUUAGGAAAAAAAGAAAAUUAUAGGAGUUUGACGAGGAAUCAUCUCGAAAGGAUUAUUAAUCUUCUUAGGGUUUUAAUGAUAAUCAAGGGUCCUAAAACUUGAUAUAAUAAAAUAACAGUAAAUAUUUUAUUAUUAGAUAGUUAUAAACCAGAAAGAAACUGAUUAAUUUUCCAAAUUAGGGGAUCCUUAAUCUUCAGACAAUUAAGAAAAAGCAUAGCCUCAAAAAUAAUUGAAAGAGAGUGAUGAUCAAUCAGACCCUAAGAUUUCAGAAUAAAAUGGAGAAUAAUAGGACGAAAAAUAAUAGUGA